AUGUCUGGUACAUCUCCAAGACCGCCUUCAUCGCCCGGAGGGCCUACAAGAGCCUUGGCUUUCAUCAAGAAUCACGCCCUCAAGCAUAGACUGACCAUUGAGCGGCGUAUAACCGAUGCUGGUUUCGACAUAGUCAAAGAGAGACAGAUGGAAUUCAGCCCAGACAGCGACCGUGAGGUGCUCGAAGAACUCUUUGGAAAUGAUGCAGCCGGAAUUGGAGACGCUCCAGUCUGGGUAUAUGUCCUUGAACGCUACCGAGCAAUCGAAACUCUUCAGUCCCUCAUGGGGAGCGAGGAUCCAGAAGAAGCUCGUCAGAACGAACCUCAAUCACUGCGAGCUGUAUAUGGAAUCGACUUUGUAGACAACGCUAUCGGAGGAUCCAUCGACUCGGCUGCAGCAGAAGCUCAGAUCGCUGCUCUCUUUGCUUCGUCACCUCCCUUCCCCACAUCAGAGCUCCCUCUGGAAGACGAACAGGGCACUGGUACAAUGCGGUCCGUGUCCUCGUCUGUUCUCGAUGAGAUUCGCAACCAGUUGGAUCAACAAACCGACGCGGCCUAUUAUGCGUCAUCUGUUCGCUCCAAUGGAGGAUCGCAGCCCUCGAGCAGUGGUACGCCAACCAGUGGCAAGAGAGCCAACGGUGUUUCCACCACUGGGAAGCCCAUCUUCCGUGCGCGACCCGUCCCGGCCACCAAUGUCCCUGGCUCUGUACAACCUCGCAUGACCAAAGCAGCUGCACUGCGCAUGGGACUUGCUCCACCAGAGUCUGCGUCUUCUCGUCCUCGGGGGUCCUCAACGGGUGAAAUAGUUGGCAAGCGCGACUUUAUCGACACGCCAGGCCAUAAGCGGUCGACUGUCAUCAAAGUCGCUUCUACUGCUGCUCCCACCAUAGCUCCUCGUCCGACAAAAGCGAGCUCUCUCCGCGAGGGCAAGCCCGUAGAGGUCCAAAGGCGGCAGAGCCUGGAUGUCUCGCGCACAGAAAUCUUCAAGAACAUUCCUGGUCAUAAGAGAACGGAAACUGUCGAAGUCGCGAGCGUAAAGGAGCCCACGGUAAAGCCGCGUACCAAUCGCAGCGCUUCCCUAAGGCAGAACAAGGAUACCGCACCACCGUCAUCCUUCAUGUUCAAAGGUCCCACUGCGCCUCCCCUCGCGACUCGUCGCUCCUCGUCAUCUUUGAAGAACGAAGAGAUUGAAAAUAAGCCAGCUGCAGCACCUCGAAGGGCCUCCAUUGGAUCUCGCCCGUCAUCUGCUCAACUUGUUCGUCCACCCUCGGUAGGUCCGCCAGAUGUCGCGCCGCGCACAAACCGCAGCGCCAUGUUGCGCGCAGCAAAGAUGAAUGCGACGCAACCCAAAGCUACGCGGGCCUGA